ACUCCUGCCGCUGUCGGCGUGGGGGACUCGGCGUGGGUCCCCCGCGUCCCGGCGCAGGCGGGAGGGCGGCCGGGACGCCCCGGCCCCGCGUCCCGCCGCGGGAGCGGCGCUGUGCCCCGCCUGGCCCCGCGUUGUUCCCGCUCGGCGCGGCGCUGGCGGCUCCCGCGGCCCCUCCGCCCCGUGCCCGGGGGGCUUCGCGCUCGCUUCGCCGCCCCCCCACCCGCGUUGCCAUGGGCACGGAGCCGCCGUUGGGCGCCGCCGCCGCGGUCCUGCCCCCGGGCCGGAAUGGGACGCGGGCCCGGACAGAUAUGAACAAUGACCAUAGUUAACAAGCCAAAAUCUUCAAAGUCUAAAAAAUCUUCCUCAAGACGGUCUGACAAAUCUAUGAAACCCCGUACUAAAAAAAUGACGUCUCGCACUGCAAGUUUGGGCCGGGUACCUCCUACAGAAGAUCCAAACAAAGUCUCUGUGGACAAAGGUCCUGGGGGGCAUAUUUAUUGUAGAUCAUCUCAAAAAUCAAAGCCUUUUGCCCAAAGAGAUCUAGUUGUUAAUGAUGGGAUUGCUCCGCCACAAAGAAUUCUUUUUCCACCUGAGAAAAUCUGUAUGGAUUGGCAACAAACACAAAGUGUUGGAGUUGGGCUGCAGAACCUCGGCAACACUUGUUUCCUUAAUUCUACUCUCCAGUGUUUGACCUACACGCCUCCUCUUGCCAACUACAUGCUUUCACUUGAGCACACCAAGUCAUGUCACGUAGAAGGAUUCUGUAUGAUGUGCACAAUGGAAAGUCACAUCAACCAGGUCCUGUGUUGCUCUAAUAAUGCCAUCAAACCUACGUCUGUUAUCAAUGGCCUUAAAAGAAUAGGAAAACAUUUCCACUUUGGCAGUCAAGAGGAUGCACAUGAAUUCUUAUGCUUCACUGUUGAUGCUUUACAGAAAGCUUGCUUGAAUGGAAGCACCAAAUUAGACAGAUCUUCUCAAGCCACCACACUUAUUUAUCAAAUAUUUGGAGGAUAUCUAAGAUCUCGAGUGAAGUGCUUGAACUGCAAAGCAGUGUCGGAUACGUACGAGCCAUUUCUCGACGUUACUUUGGAUAUAAAGGCAGUUACAUCUGUCACCAGAGCUCUAGAACAAUUUGUGAAACCGGAACAGCUGGAUGGUGAAAAUAGCUAUAAGUGUAGCAAGUGUAAAAAGAUGGUUCCAGCAUCAAAGAGAUACACAAUACAUCGCUCUUCCAAUGUUCUCACAAUAUCACUGAAAAGAUUUGCAAAUUUUACAGGUGGAAAGAUCAACAAGGAUGUAAAAUACCCUGAAUAUUUGGAUCUUCGAGCAUAUAUGUCCCAAUCUAUUGGAGAGCCCCUCAUCUAUGCUUUAUAUGCAGUUCUUGUACAUAGUGGCUUCAACUGUAAUGCUGGACACUAUCUCUGCUUCAUCAAGGCUGGUAAUGGACUUUGGUACCGAAUGAAUGAUGCCUCAGUAGAGCUUUCUGAUAUCAAAACAGUUCUCAAUCAGCAAGCUUAUGUACUUUUUUAUAUCAGGCGCUACGACCUGACGCUGGGGGAGCGCGCCUUCUACCUGCCCGCGCCCUCCUACCCGCGCUCCUUCCUGGGCCAGCGCGGCGCCAGCAGCAAGCAGGCUGCCUUCAUGGGACCACGGCUGCCUCCCCACAUGAUCAAGAGUUCAAGUCGUUUAAAUGGAAAUGGACCCUUAAAAGAGGAUCCCAGUACUGUUGGUGUUGCUGUAAAAAGGCCGUCUUCAGCUCCACCAACAGCUUGUGUUCAAAACUGGGCGAUUUCCAGGCCUUCAAUGGCAGACCCUUCCAAAACGCAGAAGAUCACGAUCAGUAUUCACAACAAGCUGCCCCCACGGCAGGCGGUGCCGCAGGCGGAGUGUCCGAGCAGCGCUGUGGAGGAGGAGGAUCUGAAGCCCCUUCCUUCAGCCACAAUUACAAACUCUUCUGCAGCAGAGCCUACCUCAAACCUCUCCACAGUGUCAGUUGCUACUAAUGUCUCCAAGCAGGAGGUUCCUGAUGAGAUCUUUGUUGAGCCAGCAGUGAAUGGAAACCCUAAGCUCUGUGCUGAUAACGUGGUUCCUUACGGUGCAGAGCCUUCAGGAAAAUCCGAGGAGUCCAAGGGCUUGUUCAAAAGGCAUUGCAACGUCAUUUCUUCCAAUGGAAUUCUGAUUGGGAAGGUGGUCCGUACAUUGCAUAAUUCCCAUUCAUCCUGUCAGAAUGCUGAAGAGAGAUCCCAGCAUGAGCUGCCAAAAAUUGAUUCCCUAAAUGGUGCUAUUAGUUUAGAUAAUGAAUAUAAAGAAAAUGGACUGAAACUUGAUGAUUCCACUUGCCAAGUCCAACCCGUUAAACCUUCUGAGAUUUUCUUCUCUAAAGCAAAUGGAGUGCUUGAAGCGAUGCCUAAAGCUUUGUCACCAGAUCCUCAAGGUAUCUUAGACUCUCUUACGUACAGCCAGUUGAACAGCUUGUCAGAGGAAAAGAGUGUCUCUGGACCUCAGAAAUCUUCUGACAGUGAUGGAGUUACAGAUACUGUAGUGAUGGAAGCACUGUUUGCCUAUGAAGAAUCCAGGAAGGUUCCUUCCAACUUUAGCUGUGAGGUUGAGAAACUUUUUACUCAAUCAGAUUCUGAAACCGUUUUUACCAAAGAAGAAGUUGCUGAAAGUAUUAUAACAAAAGCUGAUAAUGCACAUCUCAAUAUCAAUGGUCAGCACAAGGUUAGGAAAAAAUCCUUGGAUAGUGAAGGUGAAUUCCUUGGGCAGUGUGAGUCUGAAGACAUCAGAGAUAAGGACAAACUAAGAAGAUCAAAAGAACCUGAACUCAUUUCAAAAGAAAAUCCUUUGUACAUCAAAGGAUCUCCUGAGAGCAAAGAGAAAUUAGGGCAAAUUUCCUCUAUAAAGCCUGACAUUGAAUGUAGUUCUAAAAAACUUGCAUCUCUAGAUAUUACAGAUAAAUGCCAAGAUACAAAGGACAUUUCUAAUAACUAUGUAGAGGUACCACCCGUUAAUGACUCUUCUAUUACAAAGCUGGAUAAAGUAUUGGAAAGUCAAUUUUCUAGAGCAGAUGAGGGACUGAGUAAUAAAAUAUGUGAAGAUGAUGAUAAACAUAUGAAAAAAAAUAAGAAAAAAAUCCAUGACUCUAAAAGGACUGACAAAGAGCACUACCGGAGGAAGAGAGAAAACUCGGACACGGAGGAGAAGGAGAGGCAAACCAGAAACAAAGCAGAUGAUCAUUCCCACAGGAGGAGGAGCUCUCACAGCAUGGAAACAAACAGGCAAAGCCGUCACAAGCAGGAGUAUUGCAGCGAGAGCAAGUACAGAUCCUCCCACAACGAGAGAAACAGUCCCAGUAAUGGCAGGAGCUCAGGAAAAUAUUCUCGUUACAGAUCCCGAAGCAGAGAAAGGACAGAUCCAGACAGGAAUAGGUAUUAUUAUUCCAAAGGAGACAGACCUUGGAUUAGAGAAAGAUACUAUCAAGAUGAACCACGGAGAUGGGAUAAAUGCAGGUACUACAAUGAUUAUUAUUCCUCCCAUGGAACAAGGGAUGGUAGGGAGAGGAGGUCCUCUCAUUGUGAUAAAGACUAUGACAAAUUGAGCCAAGCUUACAGCAGGUCACACAAGGAUUAUCACUGCAAAAGCAGAUGGGCUCACAGCACACUCUCCCGAGAGGAGGAUGUGCAUCACUUCAGCAGCCACAGAGCAAACUUCCACCACUGUUCAGUACCUCAGCAGCACUCGGAAAAAUAUUCCCGCGAAAGGCACGCACUUCCCCCAGUGUCAGCUCACUCAAACUUUGAGGACUCUUCCCGGGACAGCGAAAAAGAAAAACUAAGAAAUGGCAAAAGAAAAUACUCCCACCAAGAAGAAAGUGGAAGUGACAUAGAAAAGAAAUGCAGAAAGACAGAUGACCAAAGAAUCAAAAAGUAUAAGAAGGUCAAGAAGAAAAAGAAGUCCAAAGAUAAACAUCGAGAGAAGGAUUACAAACUUUAUGAUUUGGAUUGCUCUGUGCUCCACUUUGACAAUGACAAUCGCAAACAUAAGAAAAAGAAGAAAAAGAAGAAGCACGACAGGAAACUGAAAGACUUAUUGGAAUAUUUAGAUCCUCGUUUCCAGAAGAAAACAUGGGAGAAGAAGGAAGAAUCCCGUCCUCCAGAUGACCAUUUAUGUGAGCAAUACAGAAACCAGGGCAGUAAACAACCCUACAAGGAAGAGAAGCCUUCUGGUGCAGGUGACAGCAAGAAAUACAGCUCCAUGGCAUCCACUGAGUAUGUCAGAGAUGUGGAGCUGACUGAUGAAAGCCUUCAAUACUCAGACUGAACCCACCACCAACCCCAAGGACUUCUGACCACCAACCCCAACAACCCUUCACCUUCAAAACCAACAACUUCUCAUCAUCAAAACCAACGACUUCUUACCUUCAACGACUUCUUACCUUCAAACCUGACAUUACCAAUAGUGACCAUCAAAACUUAAGAUUUAUUAUCAAUUACCAUCAAGACAAAAUCCAGUCAUAAGUGGUGCUUAACAUUUCUGUACAGAAUUUUACCAUAUAAGAACUUUUUUUUAGUUUUUAACUUGAGACUUUCUUUUUUAAAAUAUACUUCUAAUCCAAAAGGGUGAAAACUUUUUACAACUGCUGAACAUUGUAAAUUACCACAUAAAUAUCUCACUGAGCUGAGAUAAUGCCCUGGAAUAGACCAUCUCAAAUGCUGCUUAAUUACAGACUCAGGUUGACUUUAUGUUAUUCAUGUAAUGUUACUCCAAGUUAAGACAUCUGGUGCAAGAGCGACCAGGAAUUAUAAAAGUUGCAACUGACAGUCUGUAUAUUUAAUUUAAAGACUUAUUUAAAACUUCACAAGUUUUGCAAGAGCUUCAUUUUUUUUUUCUGUGGUCUGACACUAGAAACUAAUUUACUUCACAUUUGAGUUAUAUUCAAGAUCUGAAGAAAAUCUUCUGGUUUUCGACAUUGUGAAACAACAAAUAUGCAGUUCUGAAUGUAUCUCUCAAGACUAUUUGUAUAUUGUUCCAUAUGUUUUUAUUACAUUUUCUUAAUAUACUGUCAUUUGUCUUAA